UGGGCAGGCACAAGAACUCUAGGAGGCGUUGGCCGUACCAAUCCAUCCAUUCAUUCAUGCCACAAACAUGGCCGCCUCCAAGCCGGUAGUAAUCGCACCUUGCAGAGAGUUUCCGGAUGAGAUUAAGGAACAGUCCCGGGCGUUUCAUUCAGCUCUGCUAAACGUUAAAGAGACUCUCAGCCCGAUUCUGGCGGCGAGUCAGGAGGUUGCGACUGAAGAGCUGUCUCCUUUAGACAAAGCAAGGCUAGACCUGACGCUACUGUACAGUCUAAACUCCCUCUUUUGGAUGUACCUCUGCACACUUGGAGAAGACCCCAAGCAGCAUUCGGUGAGACAGGAAUUGGACCGUGUGAAGGAGUACAUGACACGGGCCAAACAAAUCGCCGACAAAGCCAAGGCGCCCAAGCUGGUUGCCGGGGCUGCCCAACGCUUUGUGCGUAAUGCUCUCUGGACAGCUACAGAUGGCGGGCAGAAAGAUGACCAAGAGCCACCACGAAAAAAGCGCCGGUGAUCAUUUCAACAAAACAGUGGGACCAAGUAGAGCAACAGCUUCAUCUUCAAAGCAGCAAAGAAGCAGGCAUCUGACUUCAUCAUGAUGAGCUAAAUCUAAGUGUUGGCAUCAUUAAAAUUUUUGGUAAGCAGAACA